AUGGUCUCAACAACAACAAAAACAAAGUUGUGUAUUUUGUGUUAUGUUAUUUUUUUAUUCUAAUCGCUUAUUAUUUGUAAUUAAUUUUUUGCUAUUGUAAAUUUUGAUUUUAUUUAACUUGUUCACCAUGACAGAGGAUAAGGAGCUUUUGCGAGAAAUAUGGUUUGCAAAGAUACCUGUUUGCUUCCAUCUUGCUUCUGAAGAAAUUGUUAAUUUUCAAAAACCUGAUCCAUAUUAUUUAAUGUGUCCAAGAAUAACAUACUUUCCCCUGGUACUGGAUAAGGUUGUCAAAUACUUUUCUAGGUUUGUUGACUCUUCAAAACAACAAGGUAUAGACAUUUGGAUUGAAUAUGAAGGAAAUCCAGUUAAAUGGCACUAUCCAAUUGGACUAUCUUGGGAUCUCAUUUGUGAUGAAGCUAGUCUGCCUUGGAAUCUAAUUAUUCACUUUGAUAAUUUUCCAGAUGACGAAUUAGUGAGAUGUAAUAGUCGAGCGUUGGUACAAUCAAUGUUUAUGUCUACAAUCAAAGAGGCUGAUGCAUUAAAGCACAGAAGUCAAAUAAUUAGUGCGAUGCAAAAGAAGGAGCAUAAUCAGUUAUGGCAUGGUUUACAGGAGGAAAAAUUUGAGCAAUUUUGGGCAGUUAAUGUGAAACUGAUGGAACAUACUAAUAAUGAGCCUUUUCGCUGUAUACCAUUUCGCUUCUAUCAACUUAAUCAACCUUAUAUUCAAAGACUUUUUAAACCAUUAUCAGAGAAUGGCACACCUAACACACUAGGGGAUCUAGUGCGACAAGUAUUUCCUAGCUCAAUUGAGGAUGACAAUGAAAAACUUACUGUAUUAACUCAUGGAAUUCAACCUCCUUUUGAAACCCCUAUUCACUGGAUGUCUGAGCAUCUGAGUUAUCCAGACAAUUUUCUUCAUCUGUGUGUUUUCCCAAGGAAAUCUUGUUCCGGCACUAAUCAAAAAUCAUCAUAAUUUGCAUUAUCAAUAGUUAAUUGAUUUGUGCCAUUCUUUCAAUGACUCUCUUUGCAUAAUUUCUUCUUACCUCAUUUUGAGCAAGACAAAAUCGAUCCAUCAAGACACAUGAUCUCACCAAUUAAGACAUUUUUUCACACAAGAACUUACAGAGUAAUUACAGGUAUCUUAAAUAUGAUUUUGGACAGUUUUUUACGCUCUAAAUGUUACAAUUUUGUUUUACCAUGAAAACAUUUAAAUAACAAAUAAUUUUUGUAAAGUAUUAAACAAGUUUCACAAGAAAAGGCUAGAAAAGAGUUUCAUAAAUAUUUGCAUUGGUCGAUUGAAUUGGUCGUUGGAUCUCUCACUCAACAAGAAUACGUGGCGUAUCUGGGAACAUGAAACAUUUCUAAGAUUGACCCAAGCUCUCGAAUCUUUUACGAAAUUUUUAGUACUAUGGAUAAAUACGAGUACAAAUGCAUAAUGUAUAACCUCAAUAUAAUCAACAUUGGUAUCACUUGAACAUGGUCAUCAAAAUUAAUCUAUGGUAAAAUCCAUUGUUGGUGGUAAAUUUGAAUUCUUUAAAUCAAAUUGUAUCAUAACAUUAAAUCGAAGCUGGGAAUCUUUACACUUAAUAUAUUUUGCUGAAAGAACGAGAAGUCACUUCAUGGAAACAUUGGCAUAGAAGAGGAUCGUCUCUUCCAAUAUUUUAACUUAUCAUAACCUUCGCUCAAGUUGUUAAUAAUCAGAUGAAAACAGCGAUUUUAACGGAUAUAUAAAACUGAUUAAAUAAUCUUCGGAAACUAAA